GUCAUGUGAACCCUGUGACGCGCUGGUGGGAGCAGGCAGAGGGAAGUGGACCUCCACGGAACCGCAGCGGGCUCAGCUCUUACUAAGCUUCAGAGACAAACACCUGUAAGUUACCGGUUAACGGAACCAGUCGAGGAGCUUCGGGUCCCAGCUGCUGGUCGCUGGUUUUUCCCCCCAAACGGACAAACAAAAUGACGGCGGCGGUGUUUUUCGGCUGCACCUUCAUCGCCUUCGGCCCGGCCAUCGCGCUGUUCCUGUUUACCAUCGCCCGGGAGCCGCUGAGGGUCAUUUUCCUCAUAGCAGGAGCGUUUUUCUGGCUGGUGUCUCUGCUGCUGUCCUCUCUGGUGUGGUUCAUCUCUGUUCAGAUCAGCAAUAAGGACAGCGCGGCGCAGCAGAAAGGUCUCCUCAUCUUCGGCGUGGUGCUGUCCGUCCUGCUGCAGGAAACCUUCCGCUUCGCUUACUACAAGCUGCUGAAGAAAGCCAAUGAAGGCCUCCUCGCCCUCAGUCAGGAGGAAACCAUGCCGAUCUCCAUACGGCAGCUGGCCUACGUGUCCGGCCUCGGCUUCGGCUUCAUGAGUGGAGCGUUCUCGGUGGUGAACAUCCUGGCCGACUCCGUGGGACCGGGGACCGUGGGGAUCCACGGAGACCCGCAGCACUACUUCCUGUCCUCAGCCUUCAUGACCAUGGCCAUCAUCCUUCUUCACAUGUUCUGGGGCGUCGUCUUCUUCGACGCCUGUGAGAAGCAGCGCUGGUGGGCGGUGGCUGCUGUCGUCAUCAGCCACCUCAUCGUUUCCUGUCUGACCUUCCAGAACCCCAGGUACGUCGCCAGCCUGGUUCCCACCUACGUCAUCUUGUUCCUGAUGGGCAUCUGGGCGUUUUACGCCGCCGGCGGUUCACUCAGGAACCUCAAACUCUGCCUCACCUGCAAAGACAAGGACUUCCUGCUCGCCAACCACCGGCCCAGAUAACGCAGCACGCCAGUGGCAGUGUGCAGGACUCUAUCCAAAGAUCACCGAGUUCACACACACACAAACACAAACACACAAUGAAUACAGCGCAGAAAGAGUGUUAAAUCCUCUGUUUAUCUGCUCUUUCACUUAAGAGGUAUUUCAUCAUCUUAAGUCUAAAAACAUAAAAGUAAAAGCAGUGGAAGUUCCUCAGGGGAACUAAGAUGGGAGAUCAUUUUGAUGUCCAGCUCAGUUUGUUUGUAUGGAUUUAAUUUACAUCUAAUGACGAGGUUUUACUCAAAUAUCUGUCUGGCUGAUCUCCUGUUUGUUUCCUGAUGCACUAAAAAAAACAAAAACAACAGAUGAACAAACCUGCAAAAGCUGUUUUAAGUUGGUGACGACGCUCUUUACAUUCUGUACAAAUUCUAAAGUUUUCAACUUUUCUGACAGCUAUCCUUCUUUCAAAUGUGUCAAAUCUUUCAAAGAGUGGAUUUAUCAGUUCUGAACAAAACUCUUUGUGUAUAUAUUUAUGCAUUUUUAAUUCCCUGAUGUGUAGAUAGUUAGAAGUUUUAGCCUUUUUUCAAGAUGUGAUACUUCUUUAGUCUAUAUAAGAACUUGCCUUUGAUUUGAAAUGAACACAGAUUCACAGAAGCUGAGAGGGGACAGUUCCCAGUUAUCUUGAGGUCUCGACUUUGUCACCACUGUAGUUCGAGAGGUAACAGAGGAUUAUUUUAUAGGGGCUGGCUGAUAUAGUGAAUAUUUGUGUUGGAAUGUGCUGUAUGUGGAUUAUUCACUGAUCCGAUCUGACAAUGCAAAGGUACCCUGGAGGCUUUAUUCUUAAACUUCUAACUCUAUUAAAGAAUAUUUAAGUUAAAUAUUCUUGAACAUGUUAAAUAAUCCAACAUAUACUUAAUGCACCGAUUCUAGUUGUCUAGUCUACCAGUAUAUUACCACAUUGGAUUAUGUACUCGGAACAAAUCUGUUCAUAUCAGUGCAAAUGAUGCCGAUAUGUCUGCAAAUAUUGGCAGAUAACGACGGCUGACCAAUAUGUCGGUCUGACUGUAUUCUGUAGAACACAUUUAGCUCCAAACUGCACAUGAGUAUUUAUGUCUUAAUCAAAGAUAACAGAUUUAAUUCCAACUCAUUUCAUUUGCCCAGUUGUGGUUAUUAGAAAAUCUAAAUGGAGCAAAGGUUCAGAUUCCACCCUCAGAAAUCUUGGAUACCUGCAGCGGCUGUUGGUUACCGGUUUAUCUGUGAGCUUGUAAUGAUGUAUUUCUUCUAUCUGGUGAUUGUGAGAAGAAGAUGAUGCUGAAGUCCUCAUCUGAAGGCAACUGGAAUCAAAUAAAAACUCUCAGCUUCUGCACAGA